GGGAGAGAGAGAGCGCCGCGAAUGCCAUUCACACAUUCAGUGCGCUGGGAGUCCAGGCACCGUCAGCAGCUUCGGCGGCUCUCCGUGCGCCCUGCAUGCGCCCCGAGCGCGUCUCUCCAAUAAAGAGCAGAAAUGAGUUAGAGGGCAGCAGCUACAGCGACGCUUCUCACACGCAGAUGGUCAUUUGGUCCAGAACCCAGAAAAUAUUGGUGUGUUGAAAUAAUUAGUCUACCCUGGAAGGUUUGACCCUGUGCGCUCUAGAGGCAUCGUGUCCGCUGCGACUCAUUCCGUUGGAUUGGACCUACUGCGCAUCGUCUGAAGGCUCUCCGCUGGAAAUAUGCCACUGUGAAAAGGAGAAGAGCGCGCUCUGAGGAGGUUGGAUGUCAUCUUCUGUUUCACUCAAGUUCCGCUGCCCCUAAUUGUGCGUCUGUUUGCAUUUGUGGCGAUAAUCCACCCCGUAAAAAGUCCUUUGCCAAUGUCGCCGCGUCUGUGCGCCCAGCCGAACCCAACUUCACGGUCCUAUCAGGGGAUUUUGCGGAGACUAAUUCCGACCAGUCACGGACCAAAAUACUUACAGAAUAAGCAGGACUCAUCCAGAGUGCAGGGAGAAUGAGGAGUCACCGGGGCCGGGGGAAGCAGCAUGAGUGGCCCGUGCAUCUCCAUUAGACUGACGGCCCUCAUGUUUCUAUGGAAGUGGUUAACACUAAGCCUGCUCCAGAGCUGGGUGUCAGUAGGGGCCGGGGCGGCGGACCCUGCCGGGGCUGGCUUCAGCGGCUCCAGCGGGCCACUGGGCUGGCUCCUGUCGGACAAGGGUCCUUUUCACCACUCCCAGGAGUUUGUUGAUUUCACAGAGCGCUACCAGCAAGGAUUCACCACCAAGUACAAGAUAUACAGGGAGUUUGGCCGCUGGAAGGUGAACAGCUUGGCCCUGGAGAGACAAGAGAACAAUGGCUUUUCCUUGCCGCUGGACCCCGAGUUCCUCCAGACCAUUAGGCAGCUGGGCAGGAGGCCCAGUCUCAGCGCCAUCACUGACAACAUUAUCAGGAAAUACGGAACCCACUUCCUGCUCUCCGCUACACUGGGAGGGGAAGAGUCAUUAAUGAUCUUUGUGGACAAGCGGAAGUUGAGUCGGACGUCUGAAGUGAGUGAAUCCAACGGCACAGCUGUGACUCUGGAGGCCCUGCACCAGCUGGCUGCCUCCUACUUCAUCGACAGGGAGAGCACCCUGCACAAGCUGCACCACAUCCAGAUUGCCUCCACUGCCAUCAAGGUGACCGAAACAAGGACGGGCCCUCUCGGAUGCAGUAACUAUGACAACCUCGACUCUGUCAGCUCCGUUUUGGUUCAGAGCCCUGAAAACAAGAUUCAUUUGCAAGGCCUUCAGGCCAUACUGCCAGAGUACCUAAGGGCCAGGUUUGUGCAGGCGGCUCUAAGCUACAUUGGGUGUAAUGAGGAGGGCCAGUUUGUGUGCCGGGACAGUGACUGCUGGUGCCAGUGUGCUGUGGACUACCCACAGUGUAAUUGCCCUGAGGUGGAUCUGAGGGCUAUGGAAGCCAGUUUGCUGAAAAUCCGAGAUUCCUGGAACAUGGCCAAUCAAGACUUUGAGGAGUCAGAUGAGUUUCAGAACUUCGUUCGAAGGCUUCCCACGUUCUACGCCCUGAACACGUCGGCCAUCCAAUACUUCUGGAAGAUGGAGCCGAGCGUUCACCAGCGCUACAAACAGCUGGAGCUCAGCACCCAACAGCUCCUGAGCAAAGCACGGCGCAUCGUCAACAAGCUCUUCACCCUCAGCAAGAGGUGUCGAAGUCAGCCCAAAAUUAUUAUGCUGAGGGAGAGGCCCCUCAGCUACUGGCUGAACUACAUCCUCUCCAUCAUGUACUGCAGUGAGAACAACCACAUCGGCUCCUACCUGGAGGAGACCAAGAGCUGCUCGUGUCCCUAUGAGCACCCCCCUUGCCAGGGCGUGAUCCCCUGCACGGUGGGCGAGGGCACCUCCUGCGCCUCCUGCUCUUACGAGAACCGCUCCCGCUGUGCCACCUGUAACCAGGGUUACAUGCUGAGCCAGGGUGUGUGCCGCAACGAAGUGCCGGACUCCACUGACCACUAUAUUGGCUUCGAGACAGACCUGCAGGACCUGGAGCUGCGCUACCUCCUGCAGAAACGUGACAACCGCAUCAGCAUCCACGGGAUCUUUGUCAGCAACGACGUCAGGCUGAAUAAUUGGUUCGACCCGUCGUGGAGGAAGAGGAUGCUGCUGACGCUGAAAAGUAAUAAAUACAAGUCAAACCAUGUCCACAUGCUCCUGGGGAUGUCUCUACAGAUCUGCCUUACCAAGAACAGCACUCUGGACCCCCUGCUAUCUGUCUAUAUCAAUCCGUUUGGGGGCAGCCACUCAGAGAGCUGGAUCAUGCCCAUUGAUCAGAACAACUACCCAGACUGGGAGAGGACUAAAUUAGACCUUCCUUAUGAUUGUUAUAACUGGACUUUAACUUUGGGCAACAAGUGGAAAACAUUUUUUGAGACAGUCCACUUUUACCUAAGGAGCCGAAUCAGAGGGCCCUCAACUAAUGGGAAUGGAACUGUAUAUUAUGAACCCUUGGAGUACCUGGAACCGGGGCGAAACCUAGGCUACAUGAAGAUAAACAGCAUCCAGGUGUAUGGCUACAGUAUGCACUUUGACCCGGAAGCGAUCCAGGACUUGAUUUUACAGCUUGACUACCCAUAUACUCAGGGAUCGCAGGACUCUGCCCUGCUGCAGCUGCUGGAGAUCCGGGAUCGGGUCAACAGGCUCUCCCCGCCUGGAGCUCAGCCUCUAGACCUCUUCUCCUGUCUGCUGCGGCACCGGCUCAAACUGUCCACCACGGACGUUGCCAGGAUCCAGGCAGCGCUGCAGACUUUCAGUGCCAAGCAGCCCAACUCGAUGGAAUAUGAAACAACCAAAUUAUGUAGCUAAUAAGUGGGCGGGCGGCCAGGUGCACAGAUGGCACAGCAGUUAUCACACAGGCCUGAUGAUGGUUAAGAGCAAUUCUGGAGCCGAGCAAGGGACAUUUGGGGGACAUUUCCAUUGUCGUCAUGGAUCUCAAGAGUGCAUUUGAGAUUCUCAUGUCAGCUUUUCGUAUAAAUUUGUACAACAUUGUAGAAUUAAGGAGGAUUUCACCAAACUUGCCUCAUAGCUCUUUUUUUCUCUCCUGAUGAAAAUAAUAACUUUGACAGUUAAUAAUAUAAAUUUAAAACUCUACCACCACUGAUAUGUUGCCAGUGUGCUGACAUUUGUAGGUUGCACAAAUUUGAAAUCGCUCACAUACGUAAACAAAAGCUUUUGCUGAUGAAGUAUUACCCAAGCAAUGUAAUCAUCUCACAGAUAUAACCAUUUCAACACCAGCAUGACUUUUCGUUUGUAUUUUUCUCAUCACAUUUAUUUCACGGGUGCAAAAAUAAACAUUUGUUUUAUAAUCAUGGCCUUCCUUUUUAACCUGGCACAUGAUGGGCACUUCAUUGUUUUUAGCUCUCCAUUGAACAGUAAGCUCACUCCUUUUUUUAAACUGUACUACACAUUUUUGUAGGAAAAGAACAAAAAAACUGAAUAAACAAAUUGAGUAAAUAGACGCUGUAUUACUUCAGAUUUGCUGAGAAAAAAUGACACCAUGAUCACAAUAUAUGUUAUAUGUGCUUUUAUUUUUAUAAUGCUGUUGUUUGUGAAACAAAAGUAAAGAAAAAAAACACUGUCUAUAAAAUGUAUAAUACAAUUUGUUAAUACACUAAAUAAAAACAUUUUUAUGUGUGGUCUAUUA